UGUGUUCCACCACUACUUCGCAUGGCACGCUUUUUCCGUGUGCUCCGUUCGUUCGGCCAUACAAAACACAAAAUUCAAGUUUAAGAACUAAAUAGGCAACAGCCUGCAACUAAAAGGGAAGCCGCAGCGAACAAAGUGAUUUGCUAAAAGAGACGUAAGACAGUUAUCGCAUCGAAGGCACCAGGAAUCGGGGAUUUCUAACACGGCGCGCGUGCGACACACAUACAUACGCAGGAGCACACACCCACACACGCACAAUUACUUGCCAUUGACGCAAAAGCGAAAAAGCAGUGGAAAAAAGGGGAAUUGACAAAUAACAACGUUUGGCAAGCACUGGACUCUGGUCGCUGGAUUGCCACGCAUGGAAGACGAAGUCAUUGAAAUUAGCGACAGCGAACGGGAAGAAACCUCAUCGAACUCCGAGAUGGAUGUGGAAAUAACGACAGAACAGCCGGCCAUCGAUGUCAAAGCAGAGCAAAUUGUGCCCAAGGACGCGGCAACCAUUGCCGAGGAGAAGAAGAAACUGGGCAACGACCAAUACAAGGCGCAGAACUAUCAGAAUGCACUCAAGCUCUACACGGAUGCCAUAUCGCUGUGUCCGGACUCGGCGGCAUACUAUGGCAAUCGGGCCGCCUGCUACAUGAUGCUGCUCAACUAUAACAGCGCCCUGACCGACGCCCGGCACGCCAUACGCAUCGAUCCGGGCUUCGAGAAGGCCUACGUCCGGGUGGCCAAGUGCUGUCUGGCCCUGGGCGACAUCAUUGGCACCGAGCAGGCCGUCAAAAUGGUCAACGAGCUGAACUCGCUUAGCACGGCUGUUGCUGCCGAACAGACGGCGGCGCAGAAGUUGCGCCAACUGGAGGCGACCAUUCAGGCGAACUACGAUUCGAAAUCCUAUCGCAAUGUGGUCUUCUAUUUGGACAGUGCCUUGAAGUUGGCGCCCGCCUGCUUGAAAUAUCGUCUGCUUAAGGCUGAGUGCCUUGCAUUUUUGGGGCGAUGUGAUGAGGCCUUGGACAUUGCUGUCGGUGUAAUGAAGCUGGAUACCACGUCGGCGGAUGCGAUAUACGUGCGAGGUCUCUGCCUGUACUACACGGACAACCUGGACAAGGGAAUUAUCCACUUCGAGCGCGCCCUGACCCUCGACCCGGACCACUACAAGUCCAAGCAGAUGCGCAGCAAGUGCAAGCAGCUCAAGGAGAUGAAGGAGAACGGCAAUAUGCUAUUCAAGUCCGGUCGCUAUCGCGAGGCACACGUGAUCUACACGGACGCCCUGAAGAUCGACGAACACAACAAGGAUAUCAAUUCAAAACUGCUUUACAAUCGGGCUUUGGUCAACACACGUAUCGGCAAUUUGCGAGAGGCCGUGGCCGAUUGCAAUCGAGUGCUGGAGCUGAAUAGUCAGUAUCUGAAGGCCCUGCUGCUGCGGGCGCGCUGCUACAAUGAUCUGGAGAAGUUCGAGGAGUCGGUGGCGGACUAUGAGACGGCACUGCAGCUGGAGAAGACGCCCGAGAUUAAGCGAAUGCUGCGCGAGGCCAAGUUUGCGCUGAAGAAGUCGAAGCGAAAGGACUACUACAAGAUCCUGGGCAUUGGACGCAACGCCACCGACGACGAGAUCAAGAAGUCGUACCGCAAAAAGGCGCUGGUACAUCAUCCGGAUCGACACGCAAACAGCAGUGCCGAGGAGCGCAAGCAGGAGGAGCUGAAGUUCAAGGAGGUGGGCGAGGCGUACGCCAUUCUGUCGGAUGCUCGCAAGAAGUCGCGCUACGACAGCGGCCAGGAUAUCGAGGAGCAGGAGCAAGCCGACUUCGAUCCCAAUCAAAUGUUCCGCUCAUUCUUCCAAUUCAACGGCGGUGGCCGGAAUAAUUCUUCGUUCAACUUUGAGUUCUAGGAUCCCAACGAGUGUUGUUCACCACCUUCACAGAGAAGAAGACCAUCAAUCCCUCACUUUCUGCGUCAUCCGAAACCAACGCAACCCAACACACAGCAGCGCACAAAUUUUAAACUAUUUUACAUAUUUCUUUUUCAAAAAGUAAGAAAAUACCACGUUUUGAUUAUGUUAACGAAUGAAUAUAUGCCGAGUUCUUUGAAAACCAAUUCUAAAUCAAAUAAUGCAACUAAAUUUUCAGUGUAAGUUCACAGUUUUAAACGUUGUUUCUUGGAUUUUUUCGGCGACAUUAAAUCAUGGAUAAUAAAUCAUGGAAGAAUUGUGUUAAACAAACUAAAAUAUACCUAAAAAGUUGCUA